AGAGCGGUCAUGAGAUGCGUCGUUUCAGUUUCAACUAGUCUACAUUGAAUUCCCUAAAUGUUACAUUUUAAAUACAGAUGUGCACGAAUCCUCCCGUAUUAAGUUGAAGUAUAACACGGCCCGGGACUGCUACUGCGCGGCUCCCUCACAACCAAGGAGGUCACUGUUUGCACACCUAACUACUAUUAGGUGCCAUGUUGUCUCUCUCGAACGCGGCCAUUGCCGCCUGAAAAAGCGCUCUCAAGUAGGAGGAGACGGUAGGAGACCGGUCGUUCGUUGUCAUGGUCCAGAUUCACAUUCGGCACUUCAGGGGAGAGAGACGAGGCAGGGGAGGAGAAUCUCGAUGACUCACACGCUGACGGCCCUGUCAUUCAUUUGCCGAGGAGUUUCUUUGCCGACCGCAGCGAGCCGCUAGCCACUGGAGAGGGCGAGUGAUACCCGGGCGCGGGCACGUUAGGGGAUAAAGACUGAACCAGCAGCUGGAAGAGAGAGGGGGAAAAUCCCGGCCCAGCUUCAGUGAGCAUCACUCCCACGUCGGAUUUACCCGUGAUCUCCAAUUGCCGAGGAAGAUGCUGUGUUCCCCUCUGAAGCCCACCUGCUGAAGCGAAAGCGACUCAGUGCUGCUCUCAGCCCUGCUCACGACCUGCUCCCUGCCUCUCCACUAUCAGGUCAGUGAGCAGUCAUGACGAAGUCUUACGAGUUCAACUGGCAGCGGACCGUGCCUGCCUUCCUACAGGAGGGGGCCAGCUUCGACAGAUUCGAUGAGGAUCCGUUCGUGUUUGAGCCCAGCUGUGUGUUCAAGGUGGACGAGUUCGGCUUCUUCAUCACGUGGAAGAGCGAUGGAAAGGAAGGGCAGGUCCUGGAGUGUUCCCUCAUCAACAGUAUCCGAGUCGGAACAGUGCCCAAGGACCCCAAGAUCCUGUCGACACUGGAGGCUGCUGGGAAGACUGAGGCGGAGCUUGAGGGCCGCAUCAUCUGCGUGUGCAGCGGGACAGACCUGGUCAACCUCAGCUUUCUCUACAUGGUGGCCGACACAGCAGACACCGCCAAGAAAUGGCUGGAGGGUCUGAGGGCGGUAAUCCACAACUUCAGGGCCAACAACGUGUGUCCCAUGACGGGCCUCAAGAAACACUGGAUAAGGCUUUGUUACUCUACUAAUGUCAAUGGAAAGAUUCCAGUGCGAGGGUAA